AUGGCAUGCUCAUCUUCAACAACGCCGACCUGCUGCACUUCCUCGUCACCAUCCUCAAGAAACGGAGAUCCUACUCCUCUCGAACGCCUGCUGUUGCGAUCUCCCUCUCCAACGCCCGCUGCUGAUCUUCUCCAACUCCGACGACCAUCGCUGCAACAUCUCCUCGACAUCAACAAUGGGGCGUCGAGCUCCUGGUGGUGCUCUGCUCCAGGUGGUUGGCUGACCUUCCGCCAAGGCCACCACGGUUCUUCCCCAAGGCCGGGUCCUUCGCUGUCUAUCUUCGUCCCUGCUGCUCUUCUUCGAUUGCAACAUCUACGACCUCGAAUUGAAGAUCAUCACGACCCAUAG